GAAUUUUAAAUCUCAUUUCCUGCUUGCUGGCUUCCCAGAUGAGCUUCCCAGGUGGCUUCCCAGGUGAGCAUGGCUGGCUAUUGCACCAAACGCGCUCCCGCUUGGACCACCACUGAAUUGUUGGAUCUGAUCAGUAUAGUAUAUGGGGAGAGGAGUGUGUUCAGUCGCAGCUGCGAGUGACCUGUAGGAAUCAGGACACAAAUGGGCAAAAUUCUCGAGGCUUGUGCGAAAAGGGCUAUGAUCGGGACAUGCAGCAGUGCAGAGCGAAGAUAAAGGACCUGAGGCAGGCAUACAAUAAGGCGUGGGAUGAAAACCAUCGCUCUGGCGGUGUACCUAAGACCUGCCGCUUCUAUAAGGAGCUGAAUGCUAUCCUCAGUGGUGACCCCACCUCCACCGUCGAUAACCUCCUGGAUACUUUGGAAGCAGCAGAAAGAGGGGGUAACCUGGAGGCUGAAAUUUGGGAUGAAGAAGUCGAGCUAGAAGAGGAUGUGGAGCUCCCAGCGGGGUUGCCCGGUGGGUCAGGCAGACAGGAACUUUUCUCCACUCCAGAAGUGCUCAACGGGGAGCAGGAAGCAGAUGAGACGCUGGCACAGACCUUGAGGAACACACCACACACUCCUACCGACUGGCUUUGGCAGAUAAGGAAAAACCCUCGACACAGCAAAGAAGACGUGUUCCAGGAGGUGCUGCAGCAUGAAGAGAGACAGACCAGGGAAUGCAAGGAGUGCUGGGAAGCCGAAAGGCAUGACAGAAAAGAUAAUGCUGCAUUUGCUAGGCAAGUGGCAGAGUGGCUGCUAAGUUAUGGAGGAUCAGACAGAGAUGCUCAAGUCUUUGAUAUAGCUGCAGACUGAGCAGAUCCAUGGUCGACCUCCACUGCAGCCAACCCCACCCUCCUCAAUGCCCACACAUUCCUUUUCACUUUACAGCACUCCUGAGUUUCCCCAUCACUCCACCCCCUCUCACAGCU